CUUAAUUUAAUUGAAAUACAUGAAAUUCACAUUCAUUAUUUGGAUAAUAAUUUGUAAUUUAUUAUUAUUUUAAAUUUUGAAUUUUGAAUUUUUUUGAACAUUUGAUACCUAAACUUUUAAAAUUUUAAAAAAAGUCCAGAAAUUUUGAUGGUAUUGAUACCUUUACAUAUUUUGCCUCACAAUAUAUUACCUAAAAUUUUAAACUUUUAAAAUUUUACAAACAAGUCGAAUAUAUUGUUAGAAGGAAUUUAAAAUCACUAGUUGUUGUUCAAAUGUAUUUGAAGUUGACAAGUAAUACACUAGACAUCUAUUUGGAAAUCAACUCAUUAAUUUGACACAAAUUCAAAUACCGAAUGUAAUUAAUAUCAAAACAAAUAAUUUGAGAUUUAAAAAUUUAAAUUACAAAUACCAAAUCUUUCUAUCCAAACACACCUUACAUUAAAAAUGCAUAAUCUAUCAUAGCGGGCCUGUUCGAAAUGGGCCGAAGCCUCUCCCUAGCAAGCCCAUACUAUGCAUCAGAGGAAACCAUCAAUCCUACUCCAGCGAAGAUAACAGUGGGCCCGACACUAAGCCCACAAGAACAGAUCACCACCCCAAUCCAAGAGAAGGAAAUAGUCACCGGGGAAGAGGAGAUCAGGCCCAGGCCGGAAAAAAAGAGGAAACCGGAGCAUUUUACCAGCCCAAGUAGCCCACUCCCACAGGCGGAGACCUCGGCUAACAUAUCAUUUGAUUCUUUGGCUUUUGUUCCAGGUGAAAAUAGGAAGACUUACCAAAGGAGGAGAAACAUUUUAAGGAGGAGGAGCAUUGCAGAACUAAUAGCAGAAGGAAACCAAUCCGGGGAAGGCGAAUCGAACUCUCCGAGGGCAGCGGCGGCAAGCCUGAAGCCGCCAAACCAGGAAUGAGGAUCCUGAGAUGGAAUUGUAGGGGAUUUGGUCAAUCCCUUACAAGGAACUACUGUGGUAGGCUCUGCCACCAGUUUGGCCCUUCAAUUCUCUUUCUGAUGGAAACCAGGAAGGAUGACCCUUUCAUGGAGGAAAAAAGAAGAGCUAUGAAGUUUGAUUAUGCCAAGUAUGUCAGCCCGGCAGUAGAAGGUAGUGGUCUGGCACUGUGGUGGAAAGAGGACGUGGAUGUCCGAGUUAUUGAUGUGUGUAAAACCUAUAUGGAUGUUAGCAUAUGUAGGGAAGGUGUUGAAUUCUACUGUACUUUUUUCCAUGCUCCCACCACGGCGGUGGAGAGGAAGAAUCUCUGGGAUCGACUUACGAUCAUUAGGGACUCUCCAGAAGAUAGUUGGUUAAUAGUAGGAGACCUUAAUGUAGCCCUACAGCCUUUUGAAAAACAGUGGUGAUGCCCCCUGAGGAAUGAAAAUGUUGAUCCGUU